CUGUUGAUUCCGGACAUUGUGCUGCCUGUGGUUCUCCAACACACUCGUCUCAGAUCAUUUCAUCAUAUCAUUAUUUCAUCUGUUCAACAGCUCUGAAAAUCUCGAAAUAAUGGCCUUCCAGUAUCCAAACGCUUACAUGGAGGAAUCAGUGGUGGAUGACUAUCAUGGAUGUAAAGUUCCUGACCCGUACAGCUGGCUGGAGGAUCCUGACAGUGAAAAAACACAGGCGUUUGUGAACGCUCAGAACCAGCUGACCCUGCCGUUCCUGGAGCAGUGUGAGAUCAGAGACAUCUUUAAGGAUCGUAUGACUGAACUCUAUGACUACCCCAAAUACAGCUGCCCCUUCAAACGCGGGAACAGGUUUUUUCACUUUUACAACACUGGUCUGCAGAACCAGAGUGUUUUGUACAUGCAGGAGAGCCUUGAAGCAGAGCCCAGCGUGUUCCUGGACCCAAACACCUUCUCAGAGGAUGGGACGGUUGCUUUACAAGGUUAUACGUUCUCUGAGGAUGGUGAGUACCUGGCGUACGGCACCAGCGCAAGCGGCUCCGACUGGGUUGAGAUCCAGUUCUUGCGAGUGGACGGCGCCGUACUUCUAGAGGACCGACUGGAGAGGGUCAAAUUCACCUGCAUGUCCUGGACUCACGAUGGAAAGGGACUCUUCUAUAACUCUUAUCCUGAGCAGGAGGGCAAGAGUGACGGCACUGAGACUUCCACUAACCUGCACCAGAAGUUGUACUAUCACGUGUUGGGAACCCCUCAGUCUCAGGACGUCCUGUGUGCUGAAUUUCCCGAUCAGCCGAAAUGGAUGAGCGGUGCUGAGGUGUCUGAUGACGGCCGUUAUGUGCUGUUGUCCAUCCGAGAGGGCUGUGACCCCGUCAACAGACUGUGGUACUGUGACCUGAACGACGUGCCGCAGGGAAUCACGGGAUUGCUGCCAUGGGUGAAGCUGAUCGAUAACUUCGAUGCGGAGUAUGAAUACGUCACAAACGAAGGAACUGUUUUCACCUUCAAAACCAACCUGGACGCUCCUCAGUAUCGACUCAUCAACGUUGACUUCACCCAGCCGAACAUCAGCCAGUGGAAAGAGCUCAUUCCCCAACACGACAAAGACGUCAUCGUGUUUGCUACCUGUACAUACUCCAAGUUCCUGUUUGUGUGUUUCCUCCAUGACGUGAAGAACGUGCUGAAGAUGUUCCAUCUGUCCUCGGGGGAGGAGAUCCGCACUUUUCCGCUGGACGUCGGCUCGAUUGUGGGCUUCACUGGGAGGAAGAAAGACUCGGAGAUCUUCUACAGCUUCACCUCGUUUCUCUCUCCAGCGAUCAUCUAUCACUGUGAUCUGACCCAGGAGCCGCUGCAGCCACACGUCUUCAGAGAGGUCACAGUGAAGGGUUUCAGUCCCGCUGACUACCAGACCACUCAGGUCUUCUAUCCCAGUAAAGACGGCACCCAAAUCCCAAUGUUCAUUGUCCAUAAGAAAGGACUCGAGCUGGACGGUUCCCAUCCUGCCUUCCUGUACGGAUACGGAGGUUUCAACAUUUCCAUCACUCCCAGCUACAGCGUUUCUCGGCUGAUAUUCGUCAGGCAUCUGGGAGGAGUUUUAGCUGUCGCUAAUAUCAGAGGAGGUGGAGAGUAUGGAGAGACGUGGCAUAAAGCCGGGAUGCUGGCCAAUAAACAGAACUGUUUCACUGACUUUCAGUGUGCAGCUGAGUAUCUGAUAAAGGAGGGUUACACUUCCCCCAAUAAAAUCACCAUCAAUGGAGGCUCCAACGGAGGGCUGCUCGUGGCGGCGUGUGUGAAUCAGAGGCCGGAUCUGUUCGGCUGUGCUGUGGCUCAGGUCGGCGUCAUGGACAUGUUAAAGUUUCAUAAGUUCACCAUCGGUCACGCCUGGACCACUGAUUUCGGCUGCUCGGAAAUCAAAGAGCAAUUUGAUUGGUUAAUCAAGUAUUCUCCUCUUCACAAUAUCCGUGUCCCAGAAGCUGACGGGGUUCAGUAUCCCGCCGUAUUGUUGUUAACGGGUGACCAUGAUGACCGUGUGGUGCCGCUGCACUCGCUCAAAUAUAUCGCCACACUGCAGAGUGUGAUCGGUCAGUGGCCCGGCCAGUCAAACCCUCUCUUUAUCUACGUGGACACAAAGUCGGGCCACGGCGCAGGAAAGCCCACCAGUAAAGUCAUUCAGGAGGUGGCCGACACAUACGCAUUCAUCGCUCGCUGCUUGAACCUCAGCUGGAUCGAAUAAUAUUAAUCUCCUCUAAGCUGUUCCUCUACUCUUGCAGGUUUUUCUUCUUAAGGUUUGAUUUCCUGUUUGCUCUCCUGUUCACUGAGCUAUUCAUCUUUCUGGGUCUCUGUCUUUCCCACUUCUCCAGGGUUUUAUUACACAAUGUGUUGUUACAUGCAAGUACAAACAGUCCAGUGUUGGUUGAAAACUGUAAGCUGAAUCACAUUAAUGACUGAUUUCAUAUCAAUUCACCAUGUGUCACGGCUGUGUACGGGAUACACUUAGGAAAUAUAAUAAUUACUGAGGUCACGGGGUGAAGUGUCAUAACCUCUCCAGCACUUUACCAGAACUGUAUUUAUUUGACGACGGGAAGACAUGAACAGUUUACGGAUCACUACAUCACUUCAAUGUACAGCAUCCAUCAAGAAAUCAGUCUGCAAGUGCACAUUCACAUUUCACACUUUACCCACAAAACUAAAAGAAAUAAAUUAGGUUUUUUUUUUUUUUUUUUGGUACUGUUACUUUAUUUUUAUGGCAGUUCAUUUAAAAUAGUCUUCAAAUGUUAAGGAUUUUGUCCAGACAUGUUUCUCGGUAAUCUCAGAGGUGAUUCUUAUUACUAAAUAUGAGAACAAUACAUUUUUAAAAUUCAAAUCGGCAUAAAUUAUAUAAAUGCUCUACAAUAAUGUUUUAUUUUCAUUACUGUAAUGACUGAGUUUUUGCAUACAGUAUUUAGAACUGGAGAGGAAGAUUGCAUUAAAUUGUCAUGAGAAUAACAUAACAUUUCUAUUGAUUGGAGUUGAAAUAUAAGCCGAGCAUGUUUAUUAAUGCAAGAUUCACCCUGUUUGUGAGUGUGUGUGAAUGAGCUCUUGACAGAAAUCAGUUUCUACCUCCACAUUUAUGCAGAUUGUUUUAUCUUUGAAUGGGAAAACUAACAAAAUAACCUAGUACAAUAAAACACAUUUGAAUGUGAA